UUGACGUAAAGGCUUCACAAACCUCCUGGCGGGAGGAAGACGGGUCCGCGCACUGUCACUCGAUAGAUACAUUUUGAACAAUUAUGUCUCGUCUUCUUAACUGUAUCGUAGCAGUUUGUCCCGACAUGGGAAUAGGGAAAAAUGGAAAUCUGCCCUGGCACCCAGUAAGAUUAAGUAAUGAAUUUAAGCACUUUCAGCGGAUGACCAUGACCCCUUCAGUGGAGGGUAAAAAGAAUGCAGUGGUCAUGGGCAGAAAGACCUGGUUCUCUAUUCCUGCAGCUAACAGACCCCUAAAGAACAGAAUCAACAUAGUUCUCAGCAGAGAACUCAAGACAGCCCCAGAGGGAGCUCACUAUCUUGCUUCAGACUUCAGUUCUGCCCUAAAUCUAUUAGACAGCCCUGAACUCGAAAAAGAACUGGACCAGGUUUGGAUAAUUGGCGGCAGCGCUCUGUACAAGGAGGUGAUGGAGAGCCCGGGUCCCAGGUGUCUUUUUGUAACACGGGUCCUCAAGCAGUUUGACUGUGACACAUUUUUGCCUGAUAUUAACAUGGAUAAGUACAAGCUUUUGCCUGAGUUCCCAGCGGUUCCCACAGGCUUGCAGGAGGAGAAUGGCAUUCAGUACACGUUUGAAGUGUAUGAAGGCACUGACCACUAAAGAGGAGCUUAUAAAUAGGAUGUUAAGGUUUGAGAUGGGUCACCUAGUGGGUAGUGUUUUUGGUCUGACACAUUGCUGGUGAUACAUUUAUGGGAGACAAGUUUGAAUCUAGCUUUUCCUAUUACCACUUUCUUCAUGGAAUUUCAUGUCAUCUCCCACUAUUGUAUUUGUGGCAAAAGCACAAAAUUCCAUGUUAAGAUAUAAUGAUGUACCAGUCAGGAUGUUUGUAUUUUAUCAUUUUUAUUUUUGGACAUUUGCAGAAAAUGCACAGGUAGUGAAUAGGAGACAAUUAAAAGGUAAAAGAGAGAGAGAGUGAGAGAGAGAGAGGAGGGUAAAGGUGCAGGCUGGACCCAAAACCCAGAGCAGUCCGGAGUUAAACCUGUCUUCCAUAAGCACAAUAACUCAAUGUGUCAGUCUGCUAACUGCUAUAGGCCAAACUACCAUUAAUCAAGUUUGUACAAGUUUAUAUUCCUUUGUCAUUGUUUCAAAUAUUCAGAAGUGAAUUUUUAUCCCAAUAAAUUGUCUUUUCUACAUCUGCUAUCCACUUAAUUAUUCUUCAUCUCUUCAACUAAGAAAAGACAACCAGCUCAUCUCCAUAUCCAAUAGAAACUGAAGUGUCUGCUGUUAAGCCAGCCCCAAGAUCUAUCUACCCACAUGAAUAUGGAUGUAUUUUGUCUUGGCUGACUGACAAAGGUUCUUACAUAGUUUAGGAAAGGGUGACACUGUUGUAGCGUGUUUAGUCUCUCACCCACACAAACUCCUUCACGGUGUCCAUUUUAAAAGCCAAGUGCUGCAAUCAUACACAGCCUUUUUCAGCUGAUUGGUUUCUGGUAUAUCAGCCUAAUGUACUACGUAUGUUAACCACCAGGCUGCUAUAAACUUGACUAGAAUUACAAUUACCCACCAUGCGCACCUUGUGUGUACGCUAAGUAGCACUUGCAUUUAUUUUCAAGUGAUUUGCGUGCUCACACUUCAUUAUUGUGUGCAGGGACGUACCACGAAAGAAAGAUUAGACCAUGGUUUUGUAGAGUAAGGCGUUGCAUAAGAAGAAUCACAGAUUUAUUAUCUCAAUAAAAUGAUUAUAAAUAAAAAAUAUAUAUAUAAAUAAAAAUCUCAAUAAAAUGAUUUAUCCUAGACAUCGAUGAGAUUACACAGAGCAACACAAAAGAUAUUUUGAAGAAUAUUGGUAACCGAAAGUGAAUGAGUACCGGUAACCAACGAUCUUCAAAUAUUUUCUUUUGUGCAAAGAAAUUCGUACAGGUUUGAAAAGACAAGAGGCUGAAAUGAUGAAGGAGCUUUCAUUUUUGGGUGAACUAUCAGUAUUCUGCCCAGAAAUCUUAAAAUGUCUCCAUUAGAAUUUCAGAAGAAAUCAAAGAAACUGAGCUCAGAUUUGCUAAGUAUGAAGAUUUCUCAUCAAAUUUACCCAAAUUUAGGUUAUUUUACAUAUACAAUCUAAAUCUUUUAGCUACACACUCUUACACCGUGUCUACACCGGAUGCGAUAAGACAUUAGAAUCGCUUUGGAACUCAUUAUAAUUAAAAAUUUUGUCCACACUGGAUGCGGCGCAGCUGUCAUGUCAUGUUGCGCCUGUCGCGUCCGGUGUAGAUGCGGUGUUAAUGUAUUUUAACAGUUGUCUCAUUUCUGUUAUUUUUAUUUCUUAAGAUGUUUCUGUAACACUUAACAUAAAGCAUAUACAGUAUGUAUAAUGCAUUAUAAAAGUAGUUUUAAUGUAUUAAUUAUGCCUUGUAAUGCACCUUAUAAUGCAUUCUAAAAAUGUUAUUACUUAAAUGAAACAUAAAUGACAGUUGAUCACAGAACUAUGAUAAAAUUGUCCUUCGGGCUGUUGCUGCAUGUAUCAUGUCAAAGAAAUAUAAUCCUAUCCUUCAUUUAUUUUAUAUCUAAUUUUAAGGGAUAAAUUGUGAGAAUGCCACCUAACCCUAAAAUUAACCCUCUACACACUAAAACUUAAUUGACAAGACUGUUGAUCUGGGAACAUUUCUAACUUGAUGAAAUCAAGUGGAAAACUAUUUCAAACAUUUGCCUUUUUUUGCUUUUAUCCAAAGACCCAGAGCCGGCCCAAGGCAUAAGCGAACUAAGCGGCUGCUUAGGGCCCCCCGUGGCCACCAGGGGCCCCCCAAGACUCUAAAUAUAUAUAUAUAUAUAUAUAUAUAUAUGUUUAUAUAUUAUUUCAGUGGAUAUGGGUAAUGAUACAAAAUGCAUUAUUCAAUGAAAAAAAACCCACAAUAUUAUGUUAACGGGCUGCUGCAGCAGGAUGCAUGCACAGCUAGUGUAUGACUGAGACGUAAAGUUGAUUGAAGAAUUUCAACUCAAUAAUGUCACAAAAAAGGACAUAUCCUUAUGGUGCAGAAAAAAAACAAUAGCUUUGAAAUCUUUAUAUAUUAUAAUACACAACAUAUUACUUUGCUGGUUUUAAAAAUAACUUUCAUGGAUUAUAUUUCUGUAAUAAAAAUAAGCUUCUGUUUUAUAACUUUGGUACUGAUAACAGUUUAACAUUACCUAAAUUAGCCUACCUUUGGGGUCUUUGCUAUUAUAUUCCAGUAUCAUUAUGCCUCAAUGUUUUAGGUGUACAGAUGGCUUGCUGCGGUGCUGUGUUAUAUAGUUUGACGUUAAAAUAACUGCUGUUUGUUGUUGUUGAAAUAGCUUUUUUAAUGUUAAAAUAACAUUCUGUUCAUUCAACAACGAAGCUUUUCCAAACUCAAACUGAUCAAAAACUAUUUGAGAUCUUCCUUGGCUCAAGAAAUACUGAGUGGACUUUAAUUAGUAUUAAUAACAAAAUUGCCCGUCAGAUAUCUUAUAGUGAUAUCAUAAACGACUUUGCCUCCAGAAAAGCCAGGAAACACAAAUUCUAAGGAGGAAAGUGGAAUAUUGAGACGGUAUGUAAAGUUGAGUUAGUUUGUCUAAAAUAAAGUGUUUAUUUUAGAAACCUAUUUUCAUUUUUUCAUUACAAUUGUAUUUAUUUUUCAUAUAAGAAGAUCCUGUUUGUAUUUGAUUUUAUUUGUACUUGAUUACUUUAUAUUUUAUUCUUGAACCACCUUG